AUGGAUGCACCGGUGAAGGAUCCCUCUCCAACGAAAACGGUCAAUACAGCAAAGGCAAGGAUGCGAACUCAAUUGGUGUUAGAACAAGAGAAAUCAAAUUGGCGCCAACUGUACAUGUGGGAGAUUUCAGCGCUUGUUUUCUUCGUGAUGCUUGCAUACCAUGUCCCGCAAAGCCAUCCAAAUAUGGAGAUCCAAAUCAAAUUCUCCACAGUUGUGUCACUGGCAAGUCUUGCAACUAACAUCUUCCAACUCUUCCUCAAAUCCUACUCUCUCGCAUCGCUCCCAGUCUUCUUCUCGUCAAUCACAAUGCUCAAAGGUCCGCAAUGCGACAGUUAUUACUACUUGUGUGUUCAUGGAAUCUAUGACGACCUUCUCUUGACCAAGCUGAUCAGCGGGUUGUUGAUUGUGAUAAUGACAUUCGGAUUGAUUGUUGUGGAAGGAAUGCGAUACUACACCCUACAAAAGGUCAUUAAGCUCUCGAGAAAGCUUGACAGUUCCCGCGCUAAGGUUAUCCUCGCAAUUCCAGCAGUCAAGUGGGGCAACGAGAAGGACACAGCGGAUAUUGUCUUCGAAGCCUAA